GGGACCCUUGCAGCAAGACCCCCGCCUAAAGCUCCCUAUGCCCGAGCUGUGGACAGAAAUAGCUCUAGCUUCCACACCGUCAGUGCCCUCUGUGCGCUCCAGUGUCUGUCUGUUCAGCCUUCACCUACUUCCAUUUCCACAUUAACAAUGGUCAUCAAAGUUUUUCUGGCAUCUUCUUCGGGGUCGACGGCGAUAAAAAAGAAGCAGCAGGAUGUGCUCGGCUUCCUGGAAGCGUUAAAGAUUGAGUACGCGCAACUGGACAUCGCCUCAAACGAGGAGAACCGUAUGUGGAUGAGGGAGAAUGUACCCGGAGACAUGAAGCCCUCCAACGGAAUCCCCCUCCCUCCGCAGAUCUUCAACGAGGAGAACUACUGUGGGGAUUACGAGACAUUCUUCAACGCCAAGGAGGAAAACUCAGUGUACGAGUUCCUCGGUCUGACCCCCCCACCUGGGUUCAAGGAAGCAAAACAAUCCGGUUUGUGGCAGACGAUUGAGGAUGGAGCUGAGGAGCAGCGUGAUGAUGACACCUCAAGAGAGGCGAUACCAAUGGAGGAACAGAAUGGAAACGCACACACGGAGGAGGAGAAGACAUCUGGAGAAGAAGCUGUAGAAGAAGAGAUGAAGGAAGGAGAGGAGCAGGAGGAGCCGUCAGAAGAAGAAAGUAAAGCCUCACCUGCGGAGGAGGAAGUCCAGGAAGGUGAAGAAGAAGGAGAAUAUGAGAGGGAAGAAGACGAUGCACCAGUUUCAGAGGGUGAAGAGGACUUAGUGUCUGAGGAAGAGGAGGAGCUUCGACAGCUUGAGGAACAAGAAGAGCCAGUCAGUGAGGAAGAGCCUCAAGAAGAGCCAGUCAAUGAGGAGGAUGAAGUGGCUCAGGUGUCGCAGGAGGGAGAAGAAGCAGAAGAGGCUGAGGACUAAUCCACCAACUCACAGCAGUAGAACAGUGAAGCAUGAAGUGUCUCCAUCCCACCCGCUGUGGCAGUCUCUGAAGACCACCUCGAAGACGUGCACCAUCGUCCAAGAAAUGUCCCACCACGACCCGGGAGAGAUCGUUCAAAUGACUGAAUUCUGGAAACCCAAUCUGUACAUGAACCCCAGCAUCCGCUCCUGCGCUCCUUUUAGGGAAAUGUAGUUUUUAUACUGUGAGGAAGUCGAGGAGGCAGAUUUUGUAAUAUUUAUGUCUUUGUUGUCUCGAGUUAUAAAACAAACACAAAACUCUGCAGAGUCUGCACUGUAAUCCCCUCCGACCUGUGUAGUUCAUCUGUGUUCACUGUUGUGUUCAGUAGACGUUACUGAAGGUUUCUGAAGCUGCUGAUGUGACUUGUUGGUGUCUGUAGAUCAGAGGCCCGGUUUUCUACACAGAUUAAGAUUAAGAACAUAUUAAAUAUAAUCCUGGAGGAAAAAGCAGUUUCAGUGGAGAAUUAGUCUUAAUCUUUGUUUAGAAAACUGACUUUAACAACACUUGCUUCUCAUCUCUCCUUUUGAUUUGAUGCCUUUUAAUUAGGGCUGUCACUAUUGAUUACAUUAGUAAUCAGGUUAUUUAUCAAUUAUUCUCAUAAUAAAUCAAGUGGCAUUAAAAAGCCAAAUAAAAAAAGAG